AUGGAAGGUGAUGAUCGUGAUGGAGUUAUUAAUAUGCUCACGCAGGUAUUCCUGAAAGCUGAUGUUGACCUAGGUUCACUUGCGGAUGCGAUUAUUGCGCAAAGCCCUUUUGGAUUGGUGAUCGGGCGGAAGACCAAAGUGACGAAGACAAUGCGAAUGUUGUAUAUGGGCUUGUUGUCUAUUGCCAAACUGAAUCCUGUAAAGAAUGGCACUUCGAAAUACGCCAAAGAAGUGCUCGAUUUCAUAGAAGAGAAGUCAAGAAAAUUCGCUCUGAAGAGUUUCCGUGAUGCUUUUGGGGAAGCCAGGCCCGAUCGCCUCGGACUUUUUAUUAACGAACGAAUGCUCAAUUUCCCCACUCAAAUCGUCACACCUUCCUUCAAAAGUAUUCAGAAUGACUUGCAAAACAUGAAGAAACCGUAUCAAAAAAUCGUAUAUAUCCAUAAACUACGAAUAGCAGAUUCAGAAGCAAGCACACCUUCACUUAAAACGUCUGACGCGAAAACUUCCAAAAAGAAAAAGAUGGGCAAAGCUGAAAAGGUUUGCAUCAUAGCAUUUGAUCCAGAGGAUUUUAACACAUUA